CAGAGCACGCCUCUCAGACAGACAGCCUUCCUUCACACAUCUCUGCUGGUAUAUCAGAGUAAAAAUGUCAGACAACGAAGAAGUGGAGGAGUACGAGGAGCAGGAGGAGGCUCAUGAGGAGGAAGCAGGAGAACAGGAAGAGACCACUCAGGAACAUGAUGGUGAAGAAGACACCGAAGAUGGAGGAGAUGAGGCGAAACCCAAAUUCCUAAAACCAUUUAUGUUGCCGAACCUGGUGCCCCCAAAGAUUCCAGAUGGAGAAAGAGUUGAUUUUGAUGAUAUCCAUCGUAAACGUAUGGAGAAAGACCUGAAUGAGCUCCAGACGCUGAUUGAAGCUCACUUUGAAAGCCGUAAGAAGGAGGAGGAGGAACUCAUCAGUCUUAAAGAUAGGAUUGAGAAGCGACGCUCCGAGCGAGCAGAGCAGCAGAGGAUCUGCAGCGAACGCGAGAGGGAACGACAGAAGCGUUUGGAGGAGGAAAGAGCUCGCAAAGAGGAAGAGGAAGCCAAAAAGAGAGCGGAGGACGACGCCAAGAAGAAGAAGACGCUCACCAGUCUGCACUUCGGUGGUUACAUGCAGAAGAUAGAGAGACGGAGUGGAAAGAAACAGACUGAGAGAGAGAAGAAGAAGAAGAUUCUUAGUGAUCGCCGCAAACCUUUGGACAUCGACAAUGCCAGCAACUCUGCUCUCAGGGAGAAAACAAAGGAACUGUGGAGCUGGAUGCGUCAACUAGAAGCAGAGAAGUUUGAGUUACAGUACCAGUUUACCAAACAGAAAUAUGAGAUCAAUGUCCUGAGGAACAGAGUCAGUGACCACCAGAAAACGUCAAAGAGAACCAAGAGGGGCCUCAGGAAGUGAAUGCUGUGUGGAAAGACAAACUCGACUCUGCACAAACCCACAGAGAUCAUGUCCAGGAGAGCUGCGUAUACUACUUUACAGAUUCUGUUGCUUUUAUUUAGUCCUCACUGAAUAAACACUUUAGAUUUUGACUGAACAAAACGAAUAAAAAUGAGAAAAUUAAGUAGCAAAAAUGAUUUUGUUAACUUGUGUAGGCCUACACAACUUUUAAUAAAAAUUGCAUAAAUGCAUGAGUGAA